AUUUUCUCCAUAAUAAACUUAGCUAAAAAUGUCUAUUUCAUUCCGGGAUUUGUAUGAUUGGUCCUUAACACUAACAUUGGAGUUACUCCUAUCUCGUUAGGAAGAAUGUCAAGUUUCAAGCGUGCCGGGAGCCUCGAUCGAAUCACAUUAAUUCCGAGCGAAGGCGACGAGGAUGAGAAAUUCCCACUACAAGCACACGCAUUGGAUAAACUCGACUUCAACGAAAUCCUCACCUUCAGUACCAAUGACAAGACUCAACUUGUUCUAGAUUGCGAAGACACGAGCGACGAUUCCUGGUGUUGUUGUAUACAUCGUCGUACACUUUCGACUUUGCGUACAUCGCAUCUCCCCAAGACCCUAGAAUCGCACAAAUGGAGGUAUGUGCGUGUUUUAGCAAUUCCUGGAGAACCCCCUUAUGCCAGUUGUCGAUAUGAUAAACUCGAGUUUGAAAACCUCGAGUUUGAAAUCCCUUCAUACAGCAGCAUAGCAAAUCCGCGCUUCGCGUACGAGGACCUAUGCAGAGUUGCAGAGGAAGUCAAAAAGUUAGCUGCCAUCAAGUCUACGUCUUUUGUAACAGACGUCGAAACUUUAUCCGCCAUAUUUCAUACAGUCCGCGACAAACUCGUCUACACGGAAGAUGACAAGGGUAUAGAGGGAAUGUGUUUCAAUAUCCAUUCCGAGAACGGCGUUAUUUUCAUGAAGACGCUCAACAGCUCUCGGCUUCAAGGGCUAUAUCAUCAUGCUGCGAGUAGCCAUUUGAUGACAAAAAUGGUCCAGCAGCCUUUCCUAAUAGGAAAUAAAUUGAGGGAAAAUAUGGAGCUCACCCAAUUCAAACGUGUGGUUUCGUACAGGUUUGGUGAUUAUCCUCUGAUUGUGGAGGACCCUAAUCACGUCACACGCAACGUACCUCGCAGAGAAUGGAUGCAUAGAAUGCAACUCAAGGAGAGUGGAUUCCUCGCGGAACCUGAUCAGCUUGAAGAUGAUCGGGAUCAGAAUAAUGCUUGCUGCCAAGAAGAUAUAGGGCCGGAUCUCCCACCUUACGUUGUCUUCAAAAAUAUCACUAUGCAGUACGAUCGCUGUUCACCUCUAACAAGCAGUCAGGACACAGCCCUCUUUCCUCGCAUAGCAUACAAACGUGAAGACGACAUAACACGAUCACAGUUGUGGUUUUCGGGCACCAGAGACUUUUUAGUUGGGUUGUUACCUAAUCCUGACUUGAGAGAUGACCUCGUGGAUACUGGCAGUUUUGAUCCCGGUCUGGGUACGAGGGCUGGAUGGCCUGAGUUCGACAAAUGGCUAUCUGACCAUCAAGUCGAACUUAGUAUGAAACUAGUACAUCGAAUCUUGGCGUACAUCAAACAUACUGCGAAUAAUCUUAGUCAGCGGGGUAUCAAGAAAUUUCACUUGAAGCACAUGAGAAAGUCUGACCAGUACUUCAUCGUAUCUUUGGGAGAGGAGCACGGGCAUUUGCCCGAGGACCUGGUGUCCAGCCAUGUAGCCACAGAGCUUGGUAAGGCAGAGGAGAACGUCAAGGAGAAGAAGACGGAUUAGUAGGGAUAUCAGAGGGCGUGAUAUUCCAGCACCCGGCAUGAUAUACUUUUCUCCUUUUUCAUUGCGUCAGAUUCCCUAACACUACAAGCCGUAAGACUGCUUGAUAUGGCUGAACUACAAAUACUUUGGACUUAAUGGACUAUGAAUAAUCUCGCUGCUGCGGUAUAUCUAUUCCUGCAUCACUUAUAAGUUUGGCCUAUUGCAUUUUUCGCCCCUUCCUCAGCACGGCCCCUAUCCUUCCCUCCCUGCAUGCCUCCAUUCCCUCCCCCUGGCAAUAACUA